GCAGCUGUGCACCUCAGCCACAGUUCAAACUCACAUCCAGCUGCUGUCUCAGCCAUGGCACAGCCGCUGGCUCUGGGUCUCCUUUUUCUGGUGCUAGCACUCUGCAUCCCCCAGAUCCAAGGCAGUGACGGAGGGGCCCAGGACUGCUGCCUCAAAUACAGCCAAAGGAAGAUUCCCCACAAGAUGGUCCGCGGCUAUCGGAAGCAGGAGCCAAGCAUAGGCUGCGCCAUCUCAGCGAUCUUGUUCUUACCGCGGAAGCGUUCUCAGCCGGAGCUCUGUGCAGACCCUAAGGAUCCCUGGGUGCAGCAGCUGAUGAAGCGUCUGGAUAACCCGACAGCCCCACAAAAGCGAGCCCAAGCCUGCAACAAGGAUGGGGGCGCCUCCAAGCUUGGCAAGAAGGGGAAAGGCUCCAAAGGCUGCAAGAAGACCCAGCAGCUGCAGACCCCAAAAGGGCCAUAGCCCCGUGUCCAGCCUGGAGCCUGGGAGGCCCCAUCAGCCCCACUGCAGCUAGAAAUCCCAAAGCAACUGGCAAGAAGUGGGCUAGCAGAGGGAUUGGUCUGGGGGAAGGGGGGGGGGUACCCAGAGGAGCCAGCCCACACCAGCUUUGCAACUCCCCUUCUGCCUCCACGGUUCCUUCUGCCUGCUCAGCCCUGUCGUGCCCGGCCCAGGCCCAGACCCCCGACAGACAGAGGAGAGACCAUCUCCUAGGGAAGUGUGUGAGGAGGCAGCAGGACUGUCACCUCUGAAAGGUCACCCUGGUCUGAUGCUGCUCCCCACUUGCUGUACCCCACUUCUUCCAUGUAAAUGUGAC